UCAGAAUGGUGCAUAUAAAUGGAAGAGGAUUCCGAUGACCAGUAUCAGUUUAUUUUCAUUCAUUGACUAGAGCUGACCGUUGGUGAUAAAUCAGAUUUUUGUGUCAAAUUUGUUUGUAAAAUGAAAUACUUGAUUCUCUCGGUACUCCUAGCUACUGUGGUCUAUGCCGACCAUGACCACUGGCAAAUACAAACCGCUGAAAAUCUUCAAUCAUACCGUGAAGUGUGUGUUACUGAACAUGGAAUUACCCCGGAACAAAUAGCCAAAUACAAAAGCUGGAACUUCCCAGAUGACGAAAAAACUCACGUCUACAUCAACUGCAUCUUCAACAAAAUGGGACUGUUCGACGAUAAGACCGGAUUCAACGUUGACCACUUAGUGUUGCAAUUGGGACAAAACCAGAACAAAGAUGAAGUUAAGGCCAAAAUUGAAAAAUGCGCCGAUAAAAAUGAAAACAAAGAUUCGGCUGCUGUUUGGGCAUUCAGAGGUAUGAAGUGUUUCAUCGCUGAAAAUCUACCACUCGUACAGACAAGUUUGAAGAAGCCAGCAUAAGGAGUUAGCUUUUUGUGCAAGCCGUAAAAGAAUCCGCAAUAUUCUACUGUUGAUGAUCGUAUGCUGUUCAUGAAUUUGUUUACGUAAAUAGUGAGAUUUUAGUGUUAAUGUUUUUCAAUUAAAGAUUUUUAGUAAACUAAAUUUUUACUCGAUGUAA